GAAAUAAACAUAGAAUUUUCCCACCGAUUGGAACACUACUCCUCUCUGGUUACACCCUACUGAGCACUCCUAACUAUCCAGUGAACCAGCGGGGGCCACCAAACAACAUUGUCCUAUUAAAUUAUAAUUCGACGACAACAACUAGUAAUUAGAGGUAAUCAGGUAAGCUAUCAGCGAUCCUCCCUCAACCCCCCACUCCCGUGGACGAGUACUCCACUGACACCUCUCAAUAUAUUGACCUUGAUCACCGAUAGAUCAAUAGUUCACACCUGAUUGUCACACCUGGCAGAUGCCAAUUUCGCUGUCGUAAAAUCACUUCAAAUAUACACAUAGGUAAAUCUGUAAUCAACGCUAAACUUUGUCAGUUUAAACAAUAGCUUUGAGGAAUACAGACCAGUGUUCACCAUGAAAAUUAAAAGAACCAUCGGAGAGAAACUUCGGAAAGUCACGAAGGCUACGAGGAAUGGUGGUAUUGGCAAAGAGAACAGUAAGCAUGUGAGUGCUGAGAAGAACCGUGACCGCCUUAACAGGUGCUUGUCCCAGAUCAGAUCAGCCGUGACGGUGUCAAACAUAAAACAGGCGUUGACAGUAAACAACAUUCCAACUACAUUAGAACAUGACACAGGUGAUUUGUAUCAACAACGAAAAUUCAAGACGAAAGAGACCACUCAGAGUGAGAGGAAACCAAUCAACCAGGAAGUAAAAUCCCAGUCCCGGGGAAUGAAGGAUAUCUUCAAAAGUCUGAAAAAUCUGAGAAGUAGAUCUAACAUUAAAGGCUGUUCAUACAAAGUUCUACCCAGGAUGCCGCGGGGACAGCAAUGCUUGGAUCUGGCGGCGCCGUACACCACGCCUGUAGAUAACCUAAACUCCGAACCAACCCGGCGGAUGCCACAGAGACGGCUGUUUAGUCGAGCCCUCUCAAAUUUAGACAACUCAGUACUCAGUGCUCAGCAGUACACGAUGUCCACUAUGAUGUGCCCCGACACAACCAUGUACAGCCACCCUCAGCCGGUCUUUCUGGAGUCUGAUGUCGAUAUAUCGCUUCCCCGAUUAUCGUCAACGCCUCUUACCGCAAGGAUCGGUAGUCCUCGCUUUGCAUCGACACCUACAUCCGAUAAACACGCCAGCAUCAUCUCCAGGAUCGAUCACGUGAUGGAAAGCUCAGCCAAUCAGUGUUCCAAGAUAUUUGAAACUGGACAUGGUGUUCAUCUGAAAAUGGCUCUAGAACCUUUAUUUACCGAAAGUUACGAAGCAGUGGCGGAUAUGUGGAGGCCUUGGUUAUGAUGACCUUGACCUUCCGCUUGAUUAGUGCUAACGUACACUCACUGUUUUAUUUAAUUAUUUUGUAUAUAUUGUGUGCUUAACUACAUUUGACAACCAUUCUGCGGAAUAAAAACGUAUUUGUACAACUUUACCUUUCAUGUUUAUAUCCAGCAAACGAAUUGAGAAAGUUAAG